CAAACUCAACAUACAAAAGAAACCACUCUUUCUCUCACUCCGUCAAACCAGCUUAAAUAAAAAGUCAUUACUUUCUUUCUCUCCCAACUAUUUCACUCUUAAUUCAGUUUGUUUUCAAUUCCCCAAACCUAAACAGCUUCAGCAUCAGCAUCAAUGGAUCCGUGCCCCUUCGUACGGAUCCUAAUUGGAAACCUUGCAAUCAAAUCUCCGGCAUCAUCGAAACCAUCUUUCUCCGGCAAAGUACACCCAUCAAGUUCCCCUUGUUACUGUGAAAUCAAACUGAAGGGAAUCGAUUCUCCACCGUGCCACGUGGCAACAGUCCCUCUAAUUUCAGACUCAGACACACACCCUCAAUCCCUCGCUGCUAGCUUCGAUUUCUCCAAAACCCAAAUCAACAAAAUCAAAAACCCUCUCAUCCAAAUCUCCGUCUACAAAGCACGCACAAAUCCUUCAUGCGCUUUCAAUUCCGCAAAACUAUUGGGCAAAAUUUCAGUACCUAUCGAUCUUACCUUAGUUGAAUCACGACCCUGUUCUUUCCACAACGGUUGGGUCACUCUCUCCAACAAUAACAGCAAAAACCGUGACCCUUCGGCUCAGGCUCAAUUAUUGCAUUUAACUGUUCGAGCCGAACCGGAUCCAAGAUUCGUUUUCCGGUUCGAUGGUGAACCAGAAUGCAGUCCACAGGUUUUCCAAGUCAAGGGAGACGUUAAACAACCGGUUUUCACUUGCAAAUUCAGUUUCAGGGACAGGAACCCGGUUCAGUUCCCUUCAACGAAUGCUAAUCAUUUAGCAACGGAUCGAAAAGGAUGGUCAAUAACGGUUCACGAUUUAUCCGGUUCACCUGUUGCGUGUGCGUCGAUGGUUACACCGUUCGUUCCUUCACCCGGUUCGCAGCGGGUCAGUAAAUCCAACCCGGGAGCUUGGCUAAUUAUCCGACCCGAAGGAGAUGGGACCUGGAAGCCUUGGGGCCGGCUCGAGGCGUGGCGUGAACCGGGUAAUUCAAACGCCGUCGGUUACCGGUUCGACGUCCUUCCGGCCACCACUGAUCCGGUUACACUCGCCGCGUGUACUAUCAGCUCUCAGAACGGAGGUAAAUUCACUAUCGAUGUUACCUCCGGCAUCACUCCAGCGAGCACGCCAAACGGAAGUUGGGAUCUCGGGUCGAGUUCUAGAACCGAAUCUGGAUUCGGUUCGGAUUUUAUGUUGGAUCAUCAAUUUUUGUACAGAGGAUUUGUGAUGUCGGCUAAGUUUGAUGGCGAAAAAAAGUGCAGUAAACCGGAGGUCGAGGUUGGUGUGAAGCACGUGACAUGUGCGGAGGAUGCUGCGGCAUUCGUUGCACUUGCAGCUGCCAUGGAUUUGAGCAUGGAUGCUUGCAAACUGUUCUCUCAGAAACUCCGCAAGGAGUUGCGGCAGUAGAUUCGGGUUUAUGUCGUUUUGUGCUAAUUCAUAUGUCGUUUUGCUUGCCAUUGUAUCGGUUAGUUUUUUUUGCUAACUGUAAACUUGGCCUUUUUUUUUUUAGUUUUAUUUUGAGUUACAAUGUACAGACGAGGAAUUAUUAGUCAGGAUUAGUUUUUGAACCUUUUUCUUGUCUUGAAUAUAAAGUUUUGAAUUCCUAGUUUUGCUUACAGAUCAAGUUUUGGGUAUUCUUUAUUGUUCUUCUGGAUUUAUGA